UCACCUCUGACAGAUGCAUAGCAGGAACAGAAACUAUCAUUGUCUUCCUUCAGCUACCGCUCCAAACACACACACACACACACACACGCGCGCGCGCGCUCGCACACAGCCUGGUGGCCGGACACAAUGACCCAGCUCCCUGUGGCGUGGACGCUGCUGGCGGCCGCUCUGUGCUCGGCAGCCUCGAGCCACCGUCUGCAGACAGAGAGGGUCAGCGCUCUCUACCCGGAGCUCCACAGCAACGCCACCGUUCAGUGCGACUGCCUCGACUACUGUGACUCUGCCUACUGGUUCCUCACCGAUCCCAGCGCGGGCCACGUGCAGUUUCUGGGCAGAUACAACAACGCUGACCGCGUUAACUAUGCGUCCAAUGUCGACAAAUCGCGCUAUAAACUCAGCAAGAGGGGCAGUUUGUCCUUCGCGCUGCAGGUGAUCGGAGUGACAGUGAAGGACACAGGGAUUUAUUCUUGCGUCCUUAAAGACAAGAGCAACCAAGACAUGUGGAAACCUGGGACUCUGCUCCUGCCGGGAGUACCCGCUCCAACAUCACCUCCUGUGACGAAGUCCAAACCACCAGUCAAGAAAAUCUGUACGUGUAAGAAGAACGCGCAGGCUGGCUGCGGCUCCAUGGUCCUCUGGCCGCUAGUUGGACUGGUCGCGGGCCUGGCCCUAGCCGUCGUCUGCACACUCUACUACUUCAGCCGUCUGCCCAAAAAAUGCCGCCACCAGUUUGUGAAGAGGAGCCGGUGAUUGAAGCAGUGCAUCUACGCGUUAUGUCUGAUUGGCUCAGGUGACGUCCAGUGGACCACGAUGUUUGCGCAUCAGCCUGAAGAUCUGCUCUGCUAAUAACACGGGCCCUUUACUACCAGUGAAACGUGUGCAUCUGCAGCAGAGGACGCUUUUCUGUAUUCGACAGCAGCCAUGUAACAUAUUGCAACGGACAGAUGUGCAGAGACGCAGACUUCGAGCUCAACGAAGUUCAUUUGUAAUUAAUGUGCUAUAAGUGAUCAUCCUCAGAUUUGACUUACUGUGAUUCCUGCAGGUUUCUGAUUUUGACCUUUGUCGUUUUGUAUUUGAUGUUAAAUCAGUGCAUCAGUAUCUCAUAUUAAAGACACGACUCUUGAACAUUACCAGGGUAACCUAAACCCAAACUGUAAUACAGUAUUAGCUCUGUUGCUCUCUUCUGUAUUUACUCAUUUGUGUCUUUACGUGUUUGUUUGUACCCUUUGCAUUGACGCGCAGAUUUUUCUGUGAGCAAAAUCUGAUUGGUCAAUAAAUCAAUAAAAGUGUAUAUUUCCAUCCA